CCAUGACACUUUGCAUUGUUUACCUUUUUUGUGGUGCUCUGCAAAACACACUUUUGGAUGGAUAUUUCGUGGGUUUUUUCGCCUUGAGACGCUCGAUGCUCAUUGGACACGUGACGAGGAGUGUGAUUGUGCAAAUACACAGAGAUUGUCAUUGACGAUGAGAGACUCAAUCAUCGGGAAAAUCGUCUUAACGCUGACUCUUCUCGCCUUCAUUUACUACGUCUCGUGGCUCGUUUUGCCAUUCAUCCAAGUUGAAGGAGACUGGAUCCAGUCGCUCUUCCUUCCCGUGGAGUUCGCCUUCAUGUUUCCGGCAAUCUUUGGGAUCUGCUUUUUGGGAGCAUUGGCACUUUUCACGCUGUAUCGCGUCCAGGAGCACGUGAGGAUCUUCUGA